AUGAGUGACACGGAGGAAGAUAAUGAGAUCUCCUUUCCAGUAAAGUUUCUUGGCCGGGUUGAGGUGGUCCGCUCUGAUGGACUAGAGAUCCUGUCUGAGGCUGCUCAGAGCCUAAAGACUCCAGAUCAAUUCUCCUCAGAGAAGGCAGCGAGGAAGAGCAAGGUCCAUCUCUUCCUUUCGCUCAGUGGGAUUGACAUAUUGGAAAACAAAACCAAGUUUCUGCUGUACUCGUGUCCUCUGUCCACUAUUUCCUUCUGUGCCGUCCUACCGUCUUCGCCCAAAGUGUUUGGAUUUUUGGCUCGACACCCUGCAGCAGACACCAACCACUGCUACCUGUUCCAGAGCCAGGCGUUUUCUCACGUGCUGGUCUCAGUCAUUGGGGAUGCAUUCAGAGCCUCAAAAAAGGAGGAGAGCAUCAGGGGAGGGAGAGACCUGAUAGUGGAGGCCCUCAGACAUAAGAAUAAAGUGCUGCAAAGAGAGAAUGAGGAGCUGAAGAGGAGGCUUGCAGGACAGAGCAACUGAUGCUGCACUUCCAGAAAUUGAGAUACAUUCUAAUUAACAAUGUUAUAUACUCAUAAAUAAACUUCAAAUAUUCAAAAA